AGUUGCUGCGGGAAUAUUUAUAGAUAUAGAUAUACAUUUAUAUAUAAACCGACUGGGAUUGUGAUUUUUUUCUUGUGUGCAUCAUUCCGUGUGGAAUUGCCUUUUUUUUUGCAUUCAUCAUCAGAUCCUGAGUCUCUAAAAAAAAAACACAAAGUGUGAAGUGGAGGAGUUUGCGCUGCAUCUCUCCCUCUCUCCCUCUCUCUCUCUCUGUAUCUCUGUCUAUCCGCAGCGUGCUGCGGCGGCGGCCGAGGUACUAGUGCUUGGUGCUGGUGGAGUCCAAACCCGCAGCACAGGUCCAUAAUGUGCUCAAACUCAAGACAAGACUGAACAUUAAUCUGCUGCGAAUACUUUACUUGAGACCUGCUUGACCUGCACCAGACUGUCAGGACAAUGGCUUCCCACUAUAGAAAAUUGAACUGUUUAUUGGUUUCUUGCUGCUUCUUUGUUUUUUUGCUUCCCUCUUCGACCUCAAGGCCACAGCAGCCUUCCAUUGCAUCCAAAGUGAAUGAGCACUACAGAACUUUUCAUGCUGAGAACCCAGAAUGGACCUUUAACCACUUGGCAGUGGACUACAGAAACGGGAAUGUGUACCUUGGUGUGGUGAACCGCAUUUAUAAGCUCUCACAAGAACUAGACGUGCUGGUAUCACACCAAACCGGCCCGGAGGAGGACAACCGUAACUGCUAUCCACCGCGAAUUGUGCAGCCCUGCAGCGAGCCACUGACGCUCACCAACAAUGUCAACAAAAUGCUACUAAUUGACUACAGGGCGAACCGGCUGCUAGCUUGCGGGAGCCUCUACCAGGGGAUUUGUAAGCUGCUUCGCCUGGAUGACCUCUUCAAGCUUGGAGAGCCCUUUCACAAGAAAGAGCAUUAUCUUUCAGGAGUCAAUGAGAGUGACUCAGUUUUUGGUGUAAUAGUGUCUUAUGGUGACUCCUCACCUGAUAAGCUAUUUGUGGCCACGGCAGUGGACGGGAGACCUGAGUAUUUCCCGACCAUCUCGAGUCGCAAACUGGCUCGCAAUUCAGAGGAGGAUGGCAUGUUCGCUUACGUCUUCCAUGAUGAGUUUGUGGCCUCAAUGAUUAAGAUCCCAUCAGACACCUUCACCGUGGUGCCUGACUUUGACAUAUAUUACGUGUACGGCUUUGCGAGUGGCAACUUUGUCUACUUCCUAACACUGCAGCCGGAGAUGGGCGGUGGUCCAGCCGCGGGUUCGUCCUCAGCCAACCGGGAACAGGUGUUCACUUCCAAACUUGUGCGACUCUGCAAGGACGACACGGCAUUCAACUCGUAUGUGGAGGUUCCCCUUGGUUGUGUCAAGGGUGGUGUGGAGUAUCGUCUUCUCCAGGCUGCCUACUUGUCUAAGGCAGGUGCCAUCCUGGCUCGCUCGCUGGGUGUUGGACCGGAUGAUGAUAUCCUUUACGCUGUAUUCUCCAAAGGCCAGAAGAGGCGGCCAAAGGAAACGUCUCAAGAGUCGGCCUUGUGCGUGUUUGCCCUGAAGGAGAUCAAUGAGAGAAUUAAAGACAGACUGCAGUCCUGUUACAAGGGAGAGGGCACGCUGGAUCUGGCCUGGCUCAAAGUGAAGGAUAUUCCCUGCAGCAGUGCGCUCCUGACCAUCGAUGAUAAUUUCUGCGGAUUGGAUAUGAACGCGCCGCUCGGGGUGUCCGAGAUGGUCCGCGGGAUUCCACUGUUUUCCGAGUCCAAUGACAAAAUGACCUCCGUGAUCGCCUACGUCUACAAGAGCCACUCGCUGGCCUACGUAGGCACCAAGAGCGGCCGGCUGAAAAAGAUCCGGGUGGACGGGCCAUCCCACGGUGCGUUGCAGUAUGAAACCGUGCAGGUGGUGGAGAACGGGCCGAUCCUGCGUGACAUGGCUUUCUCGGCUGAUCAGCAAUUCCUGUACGUGAUGUCAGAGACCCAGCUGACUCGUGUUCCAGUAGAGGCUUGUGAGCAGUAUUCAUCCUGCAGCGAGUGUCUGGGCUCCGGGGAUCCUCAUUGCGGCUGGUGUGUGCUGCACAGCAUGUGCACCAGAAAGGAGAAGUGUGAAAGGUCAUCAGAGCCACGCCGCUUCACCUCGGACAUCAAGCAAUGCGUCAGGCUGAGCGUCCAUCCCAGUAACAUUUCCGUGUCCCAGUACAGUGUCACGCUCGUCCUGGAAGCCCACAAUGUUCCCGAGCUCUCCGCUGGCGUGAACUGCACCUUCGAAGACCUGGCUGAGAUGGACGGACUUGUAGAAGGCAAUCGCAUCACUUGCAUCUCUCCAGCCGAGAAAGAGGUUCCACGCAUCGUUGUAGACCAAGGUGACCACCAGAUAGUGCAACUCUACCUCAAGUCUAAAGAAACAGGACUGGCUUUUGCCAACACAAGCUUCGUCUUCUACAAUUGCAGUGUCCAUAAAUCGUGUCUUUCUUGUGUUGGAAGCCCUUACCAAUGUCACUGGUGUAAGUACCGUCACAUCUGCACCCAUGACCCACGCAGCUGCUCUUUCCAAGAGGGACGGGUCAAGCAGCCUGAGGAAUGUCCCCAGCUGCUUCCCGCCGAUCGGAUUCUGGUGCCAGUGAACAUGGUGAAGCCCAUAACCCUGCGUGCCAAGAACUUGCCACAGCCGCAGUCAGGCCAGCGUGGCUACGAGUGUGUGCUCAUCAUCCAGGGUGUGGAGCAGAGAGUCCCCGCCCUCCGCUUCAACAGCUCCAGCGUGCAGUGCCAGAACACUUCGUACUCCUAUGAGGGAAUGGAGAUGAGUAGCUUGGCCGUGGAACUAACGGUCAUCUGGAAUGGAGAUUUUAGCAUCGAUAACCCGGCCCAAAACAAAGUACACCUGUAUAAAUGCGACGCGAGGCGUGAGAGCUGUGGUCUGUGCCUGAAGGCUGAUCCGCUGUUUGGCUGUGUGUGGUGUAAAGGGGAAAAGCGCUGCACUCUCAAACAGCACUGCCCUCAUCCACAGAGCAUGUGGCUCGAGCAUAACGGCAUCAACAGCAAGUGCACACACCCGAAGAUCACCAAGAUUACCCCGCUGCGAGGGCCCCGGGAAGGAGGGACGCUGGUGACGAUCCGCGGGGAGAACCUCGGCCUGGAUUUUCACGAGAUCCAGGGCAACGUCAAGGUGGCCGACGUGGAUUGCACACCUGUACCGGAGGGAUACAUCCCUGCUGAACAGAUCGUGUGCGAGAUGGGAAAAGCCGAGUCGAGUCAGUUUGCCGGAAACAUCAAGGUCUGCGUAGGGGAGUGUCAACCCGAGUUCAUGGCCAAGUCCUCCAAGUACUACUACUUUGUGGUCCCCAGACUGCUCUCUCUGAAGCCCAGCCGCGGUCCCGUAUCCGGAGGCACCAUGGUCAACAUCACAGGAAGCAACCUGGACUCCGGAAGCAACGUGUCCAUCAUGUUCAAGGACCAGAAGUGCACUUACCACAGACGAGGGGGUCAGUGGAUCACGUGUCGGUCUCACGCCUCAGUUGAAGGCAACGGGGAAGUAACCGUAUCCGUGUACGUGGACAAGGCCCACAUUCACAAGGACCUCUUGUUUGAGUAUGUAGAAGAUCCGACUAUCAUCAAGCUGGAACCAGAAUGGAGCAUUUUUAGUGGAAACACACCAGUGACAGUGACAGGAACCAACCUGGACAUCAUCCAGAACCCACAAAUAAGAGCCAAGUACAACAACCAGGAGACGACCAACAUUUGCCAGGUUCUCAGUUCCACCUCGAUGCUGUGCCAAGCCCCAGCGCUGCCCGGUGGCCUGAGCAGGCAGAAGGAGGUGCUGGAGAAACCUGACGAGUUCGGCUUCAUCCUCGACAACGUGCAGGCCGUCCUGGCCCUCAAGAACAUCAAUUUUCUGUAUUACCCUAACCCCGUGUUUGAGCCUCUCAGUCCAUCUGGAGUGCAGGAGCUCAAGCCUGGAUCGCCCAUUAUUCUAAAGGGCAGAAACUUCCUCCCCCUGACCCCCGGUGGCAACGGCAAACUGAACUACACCGUUCUGAUCGGAGAAAAGCCCUGCGCCUUAACCGUAUCUGACACCCAGCUGUUGUGCGAAUCGCCCAAUCUAACCGGACGCCACAAAGUUCUGGCGCGUGUGGGUGGCAUCGAGUUUUCCCCUGGCGUGGUCCACAUCACCUCCGACAGCCCCCUCAGCAGCACCGCCAUCAUCAGCAUCGCCGGAGCCGGAUGCCUCCUCAUCCUCUUCAUCAUCAUCGUACUCAUCGCCUACAAGCGCAAGUCGCGCGAAAGCGACCUGACCCUGAAACGGCUGCAGAUGCAGAUGGACAACCUCGAAUCCAGAGUGGCUCUGGAGUGUAAAGAAGCAUUUGCAGAGUUGCAGACGGAUAUUAAUGAGCUGACCAGUGACCUGGAUGGAGCUGGGAUCCCAUUUCUGGACUACAGAACCUACACUAUGCGUGUUCUCUUCCCCGGGAUUGAGGAACAUCCCGUUCUUAAAGACCUGGAGGUGCCAGGCUACAGACAGGAACAGGUAGAAAAGGGUCUGAAGCUCUUCGGGCAGCUGAUCAACAACAAGGUGUUCCUGCUGACCUUCAUCCGCACGCUGGAGUCUCAGCGAGGCUUCUCCAUGAGAGACCGCGGCAACGUAGCCUCGCUCAUCAUGACCGUGCUGCAGAGCAAGCUGGAGUACGCUACCGACGUCCUCAAACACCUGCUGUCCGACCUCAUCGACAAGAACCUGGAGAGCAAGAACCACCCCAAACUACUGCUGCGCAGGACUGAGUCUGUUGCGGAGAAAAUGCUGACGAACUGGUUCACGUUUCUUCUCUACAAAUUCCUAAAGGAGUGUGCCGGCGAGCCCCUGUUCUCCCUCUUCUGCGCCAUCAAGCAGCAGAUGGAGAAAGGCCCUAUCGACUCCAUCACAGGGGAGGCGCGCUACUCUCUGAGCGAGGACAAGCUCAUCAGGCAGCAGAUCGACUACAAGACACUGGUGGUGAACUGCAUCCAUCCGGACAACGAGAAGAGCCCGGAGAUUCAGGUCAAAGUCUUGAACUGUGACACAAUCAGCCAAGUGAAGGAGAAGAUCCUGGAUGCCAUCUACAAGAAUGUUCCAUAUUCCCACCGCCAGAAAGCCUCAGACAUGGAUCUAGAGUGGCGUCAGGGCCGAGGCGUCCGGAUCAUCCUGCAGGACGAGGACAUGACCACGAAGAUCGAGAGUGACUGGAAGAGGCUCAACAUGCUGUCUCAUUACCAGGUGUCUGAUAACGUACUGGUGGCCCUCGUACCGAAGCAGGUCACUGCCUACAACUCGGUCAACAACUCCACUGUCUCCAGGACAUCCGCUAGCAAAUACGAAAACAUGAUCAAAUACACAGGAAGCCCAGACAGCCUGCGCUCUCGUACCCCCAUGAUCACACCUGAUCUGGAGAGUGGAGUCAAAGUUUGGCACCUGGUGAAGAACCAUGAGCACGGAGACCAGAAAGAGGGCGACCGCGGCAGCAAGAUGGUCUCUGAGAUUUACCUGACCAGACUGCUGGCUACUAAGGGCACGCUGCAGAAGUUUGUAGACGACCUGUUCGAGACUAUCUUCAGCACAGCGCAUCGAGGAAGCGCCCUCCCGCUCGCCAUCAAGUACAUGUUCGACUUCCUGGACGAGCAAGCCGACAAGCACGGCAUCCACGACCCUCACGUCCGGCACACAUGGAAGAGCAACUGCCUACCUCUGAGGUUUUGGGUGAACGUGAUAAAAAAUCCCCAGUUUGUGUUCGACAUCCAUAAGAGCAGCAUCACGGACGCCUGCUUGUCUGUCGUGGCGCAGACCUUCAUGGACUCCUGCUCAACAUCUGAGCACCGCCUGGGUAAAGACUCGCCAUCCAACAAGCUGCUGUACGCCAAGGACAUCCCCAGCUACAAGAGCUGGGUGGAGAGAUACUACUCGGACAUCAAUAAGAUGCCAGCCAUCAGCGACCAGGAUAUGAACGCUUACCUGGCCGAGCAGUCGCGCAUGCACAUGAAUGAGUUCAACACCAUGAGCUCUCUCAGUGAGAUCUAUUCGUACGUGGGGAAAUAUGCAGAGGAGAUUGUGUGCUCGCUGGAGGAGGAUGACGGUGCCAGGAAACAGAGACUGGCCUUCAAGCUGGAACAGGUGGUCGCCUUCAUGAGUCUGGAGAGCUGAGGACCACGUUUCCCAGAGAGCACUGGGACAGUCGUCUGAAAACUAGGGAAAAAAAAAAAACAACCGAGCCGUGCCUGAGCACCUGUACAUCUUCAGUUUUCUCGCAAACGCAAACUUCCUAUCAACCAACCAAGCAACCAAGAAUCCGCAUCGCAUUAAAGCUCUGCUUCCUAGAUGACUAGAACCGGGCCAAGGAGUUGGAGACUGCUACGUUACCCAUGAUGCAACAGGGAAGGAGAGAGGGGGGCCUGGGUGUCUGGAUGUGCUGCCUGCGAAACCCUCUCUCCUUCCCCCGGGAUAAUGUAUUUUUUUUUAUUAUGUUUAAGUUGCCUUUAAAAAUAUAGCUGUUAAGCAAAGUGUUUCACCUCCACAACAUCGGUGUUCUAAUUUUAUUGACUAGGGUUGUGUGUAACACUACGAUCGAGUCUGAGUGUGGUACCAAAACACAAAGCUUUUUGGUACUUUAUCAGACCAGAAAAAAAACUUGAAGUUCAUUGAGUUUACAAGACAAAAAAAGAGAAACAUGCAGACUGGGAACAUUGGAAAUCGGGUUUAUGGCACAACUGGGACGCUGAAUGUCUGUGGCACAUUACCAAACUGGAGCUUUGUUAAGGAGAUGAGCGCAAGAUUUAAAAAAAAUCCUACAGGUUUGAUGAAAGCACACACAUGUGACACACACAUACACACACACUCACUCACUCACUCACUCACACACACCUUAGUCCAGCUGUGAGGGCUUCCUCUGGGCUUUUUGUGGUUGAGGUUUAAGGAUCAUUGUCUUUAAAAACAAGCACAUGUUCUGUAGCUGCCUCAGAUUCAUAGCCUCUACUAGAAUUAGUCACUGAUACAGGGAUCGUCGUGUUGUGUAAAAGAAACGAGUCGUUCACUGCCACAGAGUUUGCAGUUACACAAAUGACAUGAGGAAUGACGAGAAGAAAAAAAAAACCAAAGGAGAUGAUGCGAUGACGUAAUAGAGGUACGUGGAUUUAGGUGGAGAACCCCCGGACACGCAACCAAAGGACUUUCUGCUAUCUAAUCCUCGCGAGUAAGUAAGACUUUGUUUGUACACACGUGAGGAAGGCUGUGUAAAGUGGACGGCAUCCAUCUAAGCUGGGGGAAAAAAUCUCGACAAAAAAUAGACAAAAAACGCAAACAAACAACGAAAAGUCCCCGAAGCCUGACAUGUGACAGAGACUCGGAAAUGACUUACAAGAAAACAAAAAGUGACACGGACACCUCUGAAGCACCGUUCUGUCCUUCAGCCUCUGACCUUUGACCUUUCUUUUGCCUUGACAGAGUGCUCCAUGUGGUGAUUUGAGACCUAGUUGUGGAAAUCCGACCCUUUGGGUACUUUAUCGGCUUUUUUUUAAGCGCAUGUACUUCGAUUUAAACUUGAUUAAAAAUGAAAAGAAAAAAAAAACAAUGGAACCUUAGAGAAAAAUAAGCCUUGCUAAAAUGAUGAUGUGGAUGUGUUCUUUUCUUUCUUUUGCUUGGAAGAACAAGACAAGGGAGAUGAAAAAAAAAAUUUGAAAAAAAAAAUCCGUCCAUUUAAAGCCACAAUUUCUGUUAAGGUGGAACCUUUAUCCGACUCAGCCGGUCAUCCUCAUGUUUUCGUGAAAGUGUUAAAUAAUAAACAGUUAUGAUAAUACUGAUAAUAAGAUCGAUGCCGUAAUCGAGUAUAGUAUAUUAUACCCUUUGCAUGUUUGACCUAUUUGGAUGUUAUGAAAUGAAACUGCCUUGCAACCGAAGCUAUUUAUCUGAUACUACUAGGAAUUUCUGAUUUUUAAGGACUUUGUUUAGACGAUCAACAAGUAGAUGAUCACGUCAGCCGUCAUGAAGAAACGUCACAGUCCCUCAGGUAGAUUAUUUAGCCGUUAGCCGUUAUCGCUCGUGUUCACGUCGAACAGCUGCACAAUACAUGUUACUCUUACUGCUGCACCAUGAAAAACAUGCAAAUGCACCUUUCAUUAUUAUUUUUUUAAUACACCUUUGAUGAAUUUCCUGACCAGGACUGUUUACUGCAAUUUUUCAGGUAGCUAUUUUUUUCCAUUGUAGUAGUUGAUUUUGUGGUGCUUCACUCUUAGAAAAAAAAGAGAUUUAGAUCUUUAGUUCAUAUGUACUUCAAUUACAUUCAGAAAGUUUUUUUGUCAAAAUUGUAACAAACAAUGUAAUAUACAUAUAUAUAUAAACAUAUGUACUGUAGAUGUUUAAAAAAACAUGAAUGAAAAACAAAAGCGACAGAUAUAAGGCAGUUGGUUAAGGUUCUUCUUCACCUCCUGAGUGUUUGGUCAAUCAUCUGGAUUGUGAGUUUGAUUCCCAUUCACCAUGCUUAGACGGGAAUAAAGAGAGUAAAAUACUUUCUUCAGAAUGUUAUGUCGCUCCCUAUCAAUGCACGAGCAGCAUUUUGAAAAGCUUUCAGUUCGGCGGCUUUACAUACAGUACCAGUCAAACCUUUGGACACACCUCCUAAUUCAUAAUGUCCUCUCCUAAUGUUUUUUGUGAUGUAUUUUCUACAUUCUUGAACAAUACUGGAUUUUUUUUAAACUAUGAAAAAAACAAGUAAGUAACAACGACAGUCAGUUAAGAUAUAAAGAUCAGCUGUUCUGGAGUAGUUCUUGCAAGAACCGUAUUUGCUAAACCCAUUAAGCUCCAUGAUAAAACUGUCUCUCCUGAAGACCUUGACAGAAAAGCAAGACCAAAACCUACCUCUGCUGCAGAGGAGAAGUUUAUUUAGAGUCACCAGCCUCAGAACACUCACUCACUCACUAACAGCACCUCAGAUUAGAGCCAUUAUAAAGCUUUACAGGGCAGAAGUAGCAGAUACAUCUCAAUAUCAACUGUUCAAAGGAGAUUAUUACAGAUUUUGGAUAAAUGCUUUCAGCCUUGUUUUAUAAUAUAGAAAGAAAUAAAAAUCAGGAACCACCAUGGAGUUAGAAGGUGAGUCCAAAAUUUUGACUGUUCCUGUAUCUUAUGCCAUCUCUGGAUGGUAGCGGUUGCUGAUGUGGGCAGGAGGAACAUGGGAAUAAAAUUUUUAAAAAGUAGGAAAUCAAGUGAAUAACAAAAAUAAAAAAGGUUUCUAUUUGGAACCCUUCUUGAUUAUGAUUAUAGGGUUCUACACAGAACCUUUUAUACAACUGAACAAAGCUGGGGUUACUUUUGGCGUGUAUUUUUUUCUUUCCGCUGCCUCAUAUUUCACUUUUCUACUGAAAAUAUCCAUUUUGUAAUGACCAACUUGUGUUUUUAUUGGUCGCAGUGACCCCCUGAUCAAUCAGGUUACAGGUUGGGGGAAAAGCAACCAUAGAGACAAAGUCGCUAAAAAUUGACCAAUAUGGAGAAAAUAUUUAAUUGCUGGAUUUCCAAUUAAAAUCUGUGAACUGUGAAGGUUUAGGACGUGCCAUGGUGUAGCCGAAGUUACACAUUGAAUCUACAACAUAGCUAAACGUGCUUCUCUUCACCAGACUUCAUUUCUCCAUUGCUGAUAUGAAUAAAUCUAAUCUAAGAAGACUGGGAUAGCUAUGUCGCUGAUUCUAGCAAGGGCUGUGAAAUGAUUCCUGUUGCUAUGGUUACAGCCAAAGAAAACUUAUUAAAAA